AUGGCCCAGCGAACCUCUUUACUGCGGUUCUUCUGCAGCCUCCUUCUCCUAGCCACCUUUGGCAAUGCUCUUAAAUUCGAGCUCGAGGCGCGGAAAGCGGGCGAUGUCCGCGAGCGAUGUGUACGAAACUUCGUCGGGAGGGAUACCCUGAUUGUCGUGACGGCGAUUGUCAGUGGCAAUAAGGGCGACGGCCAGCAGGUCAACAUCCAGAUCCGCGAUUUGGUCGGAAACGAAUACGGUCGUCCCAAGGACGUUGCGGGCGAAAAGCGAAUCGUCUUUACCUCGCUCGCCGAUGCUGCUUUCGACAUCUGCUUCGAGAACAUCCAAACCGCCAAGAACGGUCAGCGCCUCAGCCGCGAUAUCGAGCUCGACGUCGACAUUGGUGCCGAUGCCAAGGAUUGGGCCGCCAUCCAGGCGAGCGAGAAGUUGAAGCCCAUGGAAACCGAACUGCGCCGAAUCGAAGAGCUCAUUGGCGAGAUCGUCAAGGAGAUGGACUACCUCCGCAACCGUGAGCAGAAGCUCCGCGACACGAAUGAGAGCACCAACGCCCGCGUCAGGACUUUCGGCAUCGGAACUACCGCGCUGCUGAUCGGUCUUUGGGCUUGGCAAAUCUUCUACCUUCGUGCUUACUUCAGGAUGGCCGCCAGCGUCCGGACCCUUCAACGCUUUGCGAGGCGGUCGCUGCCCUCGCCACUCACCACUCGGCGUCUUGCCUUUUCGACAACGGCUUGCGCGAGGACUAUCGAGAACCCGAGGGAGCAGUACCGCGCGUUCCAGAGGCAGGGCGAGGCCGACGAGACCCUGCGCCGGAGGUUAAUCUACCAGUCCCGUUACCGCGGAACCCUCGAGUCCGACCUCCUCAUGUCCACCUUUGCCGCCGACCACCUCCCGACCAUGAACCGCGCCCAGCUCGAGGAAUACGAUCAGUUCCUCCUCGAAGAGGACUGGGACAUUUACUACUGGGCUACCCAGGAUCCCAAAGAUCUCGCCUCUCUCGCCUCACGCGGCGAAGCUGCCACCUCCCCAUCCUCCUCCUCGGCCGCAUCCACUCCCGCCGGCCAGCCCGCGGCUACCGAAGACUCAUACAAGCGGGAACCCGUCCCCGGCGAAUGGGCCCGCAUAGCGGGUAACUUUGAAGCUGGGUACAGGCCCGUUCCCGAACGUUGGCGGGACACGGAGCUGCUAAGGAAGCUACGACAACACGUCCUCGACAAGUCCGCCGGCGCCGAUGGCAACGGCGGCGGCGGCGGUGGAAUGUCUGCCCGACCUCUGCUCUUCGGCAAAGGUACGGAGAAGGACUAG